UUUAUCCGUCCGAAACGAACAACUUGGGGUUGGAUUUUGGCUCAGAAGAAUCAACAACGAUAGCGAUGGUGAAGAGAAAGACUAGUACUAAUAAUACUAGUAAUACUAGCAGGGUUAGGGUUAGGGUUAGGGUUGAAUCUGAUAAGGAUGAGGAAAUUUUGGGGACUAAUAAGCUUGAAUUGAGAAAGUUGAAGAGGAUUCGCGAAGAAGAGGAAUCGCUCAAGAUUUCCUUCCGACUUGCAGAGGAGCUUGAACGGCAGGAACUAGAGAGACUGGCGUGUGUAUCUUCUUCCUUUGCUGCCUGCCGCCUUGAAAUUCGGGCAGCCGAGAUAUUUAGAAAACAGGCGGAAGCACUGAAAAAGCGAGAGUUGGAAAAACGGUUGAUAUCCCUUGGUUACACAUUCAACCCAGACGAUGGAAUAUUACUUCAUCACCACUUAAGGGAAAAGUGCCUCGAAAACGCUCUUGGUUUUUAUGCCAUCCUUGAAGAAGCUGACAUCUACGCAAAGCAUCCUCAGAACCUAAUAGAAAACUACCGUGCUCUCGCUGCUGGAAAUGUUGGGUAUUUCUUCACCCGUAGCCGCCCAAAUGAAACUCAACCUCAUACUAGUACAAGUACAGAUCAUGUUCAGGCCGGACAUUGGAUCUUUGGCAAAGAAUUGGACGUGCUUCAUCAGGGCGAGAAAGUUGGUGUUAAACAAUUACUAGAGUAUUGUGCAGCGGGCGCCAAGACCGGAUACAAGAUCAUCGAGUACAGACUCGAUCCUUGUCCAGACAACUUAAAGGAUGGUCCUUGGUUCCUUUGUAAGCUGUACAAGGACGGGAGUUACAUGGAGGUGCAGAGUUCGCUCUAAUUAUGAUUAGAAUUUGAAGUCGCCGUAUCUGUCGGUAGUUGAGGGUAGGGAUCUCUCUUUAUGUUGCUACUUUGUUAUGGUUUGUAACUUUGAUUCCCACAAGGCACUCCAGCGUCAGCCUGUGCACUGCAUGUUUGUGUUGGUACCUCGCUGUUGCGCCGGUUUUUUGGCACGGAAUGAGAGUACUAUCUGGUUUUAUAAUUA